CUCCCUUCUUGCCUCUGCCCACCUAAAAACUAAAAAAAGUCACUCCGCCGCUUACUUACCCUUUCACCACUAAACUCAUAAACCCACCCACUACAGCCACCCACUAAACCCACCACCCACCUCUUUCACACUUACAGAAACUACCACCACCACCACCCAGAUCCCAAUACCCACAGGCCCGCUUCCUUUCUUCUCUUCCCAUCCCUCAUCCACGCUACUACCCUCACCCACCACCACACUACACUACACUACAACCACACUACUCUAGUUCCAUCCAACUCUCCUCCUCUGCUUACCAUCGACUACUACUCUUGACAUCGUCAACCUCACCGCUUCCUCUCCCCAAAACGAGGCUCUAGAGGUCCUCACUCUCCCACAACAUCAUCAUCAACAACAUCACCCCUUCGUCUAACUCCAAAACUUCUUCCUCCCGAUACAAUACUUCCCUUCCUUCCCAUCACACCUUCCGUCAAAAACACACACACCACAACCAUCUUCCAUCAACCCAGAACCCCCCGCCGCGAGCUCAUGCGCGUUGAGUCAACCACGACUUCACCCACCUCAACAGCAUAUCGAGACUCGUAUUGGAUCUAGAGAUCCGGUACAACAGAGUCCAUAGUUAUUCAAAAUGGCUACUAUGGAUCUCCGUGUAGGUAAUAAGUACCGCAUCGGCCGUAAGAUCGGAAGCGGCAGCUUCGGUGACAUCUAUCUCGGCACCAACAUCAUCUCCGGCGAGGAGAUCGCCAUCAAGCUCGAGAGCGUCAAGGCCAAGCACCCCCAGCUCGAAUAUGAGGCUCGUGUCUACAAGUCCCUGGCCGGCGGUGUCGGAAUCCCCUUCGUGCGCUGGUUCGGGACAGAGUGUGACUACAAUGCCAUGGUUCUGGAUCUCCUCGGUCCCAGUCUGGAGGACCUGUUCAACUUCUGCAACCGCAAGUUCUCGCUGAAGACCGUCCUGCUCCUCGCGGAUCAGCUCAUCUCGCGUAUCGAGUAUAUCCACGCCAAGUCCUUCAUCCAUCGUGAUAUCAAGCCCGACAACUUUCUCAUGGGCAUUGGAAAGCGUGGCAACCAGGUCAACGUUAUCGAUUUCGGUCUGGCCAAGAAGUACCGUGACCCCAAGACCCAUUUCCACAUCCCAUACAGAGAGAACAAGAACUUGACUGGUACUGCCCGUUAUGCUUCGAUCAACACCCAUCUUGGUGUCGAGCAGUCUCGCCGUGACGACAUGGAGUCCCUCGGAUACGUUAUGCUUUACUUCUGCCGUGGAUCCCUCCCAUGGCAGGGACUCAAGGCUGCCACCAAGAAGCAGAAGUACGACCGUAUUAUGGAGAAGAAGAUGACCACCCCGACUGAGGUUCUCUGCCGUGGAUUCCCCAACGAGUUCGCCAUCUACCUCAACUACACCAGGUCCCUUCGCUUCGACGACAAGCCCGAUUACUCCUACCUCCGAAAGAUCUUCCGUGACCUCUUCGUCCGUGAGGGUUUCCAGUACGAUUACGUCUUCGACUGGACUGUGUACAAGUACCAGAAGAAUGCUCAGGCCAUUGCCCAGGCGGCUGGUAACACCCCAGGUGCGGAGGAAGAUGAGAAGCAGCACCGUACUCGCACUAAUGCCGCAACUGCAGGCCAGCCGACGCCUCAGCAGGCAUCUACCGCUUCCAAGCCCGGGGCUAUCUCUACCACCCGCCGCAAGGUCAUGGAGCGUGGCGCCAGCGGAGCCGAUACCCCCGAGACGAACCGAGCCGUUGGUGGGAGUGAUAGGAUUCUCCGCAAAUAGGCUUCGCUCCGCCUCCAAGGGUGUUGUGACUAGCACUGGUCUAGGCGCACCUGCCACUUACCGAGUAAAGAGAGAUGAACCGUCUACGCAGCAAUGGUACUGAAAGUUUUCGUUGGACGACACUCUAUACGACUCAAAUUCGAGAUAUUUUGUCUUGGCCCAGAGUCACUCUCGUGGCUAGCAUUCGCUUGUCACGGUGUGGCCUGUGUAACAGCUCGAUUACACGCACACGCUACUCAUAUCUUAUGAAUUGUCUUGUUUCGCAAUCGGCUCAGGCUCGACUUUAUCGAUUAUUACAUGUCUCGUCAGUUUUGGACUUCAUGGCUAUUGGCUCGCUCGUUACCUGCACUUGGCAGGGCAAUUAACAACGACGAACUGGGCCCCAUGAGUUUCAAGCUUUCGAACGGCACUUCGAUGGCGUCUGCAACUUUGAAGAUCAGCUCGCAAUGACACAAUCAUUGUUACUGUUGACUCCUACUCUGGAGCAACAUCGACUUCAUUAUUACUGAAUGGCCAUCGAUAUAACGAUACGUAAACAAGAAAUCAGGAGAAGCUCGGAUCUAGACCUGGCACACGCACACGACCAUAACAAUUGUCAAUCCCCGGCCACGGAUGCGCAGCCAGCUACCGACCAGCUUUCCACCAGAAACAGUUUUCGUUUUUAUUCUUUCAUGUUUUUUAUUUCUUUUGCGCGAAUAGUUAUUUCCCAGCGUGGCGCUCCCCCGCCCCUUGACUUUAAUACGACGGAAGCGGAAAGCAGAACUUCGUCCAGGAAAGGGGUGCAUUCAACAGGGAGCAACACUGUCAUUCACGCCACCCUACGUCUUGUCUCAUUCCAAACCCCCACCACUCACUUGAACAUAUGGAUAUGUGGAGCUUGUCAAUAUCAAGAGGGGAAAGCGCGGAUAUUUACUGGAAUGGCAGCCGGCUUGUGGGGAGGUCUCUUUAUUUGUUUUGCUUUUUUAUUUGGUCAUGCACAACGUUUCCUUAGCUAGCCAUUCAUUUUAUGUUUUCGAUCAGGGAGGAGAGGCAGGUGCAAGGGAGAGGGUAGCGCGGGGGGCGCCAGGG